AUGUCUGCCGACGAGUACAAAGCAGAAGGAAACAAAUUAUUUGCCGCCAAAGAGUUUGAAAAGGCAAUUGAGCAGUUCACCAAGGCCAUCGAAGCCUCGCCUGCUCCUAAUCACGUUCUCUACUCAAACAGAUCAGCAUGUUACGCUUCUUUGAAGGUAUUCAACAAGGCGUUGGAAGAUGCCGAGCAGUGUGUGGCCAUCAACAACACCUGGGCCAAAGGUUACAACCGUGUGGGAGCUGCCCAGUACGGAUUGGGUAACUUUGACGAUGCUAGAAAAGCUUACAGCAAGGCGGUGGAGUUGGAUCCAUCCAAUACCAUGGCUCAGAAUGGACUCAUGGCUAUUGAGCAGGCUGAGUCGGCCAGGAACCAGCAGCCUGACAUGGGAUUGGGCAGAAUGUUCUCGGACCCAGAGUUGAUCACUAAGUUGAAAAACAACCCCAAGACGGCUGAGUUGAUGAAGGAUCCAAGUUUGGUGACCAAGUUGUUACAGAUCCAGGCCAACCCGCAGGCCGGCAUGUCCACCAUGUUGACGGACCCACGUAUGAUGACCGUGAUGGCUGCAUUAAUGGGAAUUGACAUCGAUAUGCCUAUUCCUGAAGAGGGCAAGAGCGAGUCGACCUCGGCUCCAAAAGAGCAGCCUCAGCCAGCUAAGGAGGAGCCCGAGAUCAAAAAGCCAAAGGUUGAGGAGACAAAGCCAGAGGCCAAGACUGAGACUAAGACUGAGACCCUGACUGACUCUCAAGAUGUAGAGAUGGAGGAUGCAGACAGAGAAGAUACUAAAGGUGACAAGGCAGCUGCAGACGCCGCAAAGGCAGAGGGAAACACUUUGUACAAGCAAAGAAAGUUUGAAGAGGCCAUUGCCCAGUACGAAAAGGCCUGGAAGCUCUACAAGGACAUUACGUACUUGAACAACAGAGCUGCAGCCGAGUUUGAGAAGGGUGACUACGAUGCAGCCAUUGCCAGCUGUGAAACUGCCAUUGAAGAAGGCAGAGCAGUCAGAGCAGACUACAAGGUGAUUGCUAAGUCAUUUGCUAGAUUGGGUAACUGUUACUUGAAGAAGGACGACUUGGAGGCCGCAGCCAAGAACUUCGAUAAGUCGUUGACUGAACAUAGAACUCCAGAGGUGUUAUCCAAAUUGAGAGCCACCCAGAAAGAUAUUAAAAACAGAGAGGCUCUUCUGUAUGUGGAUGCCGACAAGGCUGAGGAGGCCAGAUUGGAGGGUAAGGAGUACUUCACAAAGGGAGAUUGGCCAAACGCUGUCAAGGCAUACACUGAAAUGGUCAAAAGAGCACCUGAGGAUGCUAGAGGAUACUCCAACAGGGCUGCUGCUUUGGCUAAGCUAAUGUCAUUUCCAGAUGCGGUGAAGGACUGUGACACUGCUAUCCAGAAAGACCCAACUUUCAUCAGAGCUUAUAUCAGAAAGGCUAAUGCCCAAUUGGCCAUGAAGGAAUACUCACAUGUUAUUGAAACGUUGAAUGAUGCUCGUGAAAAGGAUCUUGAGGUGAACGCCGGAAAGAACGUUCUGGAGAUUGAUCAAUUGUAUAAUAAAGCUGCCUCACAGCGUUUCCUGGCCAUCGAAGGCGAGACCCCAGAGCAGACAAUGGAGAGAGUGUCGAGAGACCCUGAAAUUGUUUCAAUCUUGCAAGACCCAGUCAUGCAGGGUAUUUUGGGCCAGGCUAGAGAGAACCCAGCUGCUUUACAGGACCACAUGAGAAACCCAGAGGUCAACAAGAAGAUCCAGACCUUGAUCGCUGCAGGUGUGAUUCGUACCCGUUAA